AUCAAAUGUAUUCAAGUCGUCAAUGAAAACUUUAUUUUGAGAUUCCUCCCCGGAAGUCCUGUGUUUACACUCUGCUGGCCUACUUAACAGCAGACCAGGGGCGUAUUUGUUUGCUGAAGUUGGGUUUUUAAAACAGUGAUCUGGGCACUGAAAAAAAAAAAAAACCCGAACAAUGAUCUCCGGUGGCAGAAUUCAGAUCCCGAGCCGUCUCCCGCUGCUGCUAACCCACGAAGGAGUUCUUCUCCCGGGCUCCACGGUCAGGUUCAGCGUGGACACCCCGCGGAACAUGCACCUGGUCCGAGAGCGGCUGCUGAAGGGGACUUCGCUGAAAAGCACCAUCAUAGGGGUGAUUCCUAACACCAGAGACCCGGAGAAUGACACCGACGACCUCCCCACGUUGCACAAAAUUGGUACAGCGGGGAUUGCAGUACAGGUGGUGGGCAGUAACUGGCCAAAACCUCACUACACCCUCCUGAUCACCGGACUGUGCCGAUUUAGUGUGUCCAGUCUGUUAAAGGAGCGACCCUUUGUGCUGGCAGAGGUGAAGCAGUUGGAUCAGUUGGAGCAGUAUACGACCCCACAAAGAGACGGUGUCACAGCAGAAGAUGGAGAGCUGGGGGAGCUGUCCGAGAAGUUCUACCAGGCUGCUCUACAGUUGUUAGGUAUGCUAGACAUGUCUGUUCCAGCUGUGGCCAAGUUCAGGCGCCUUUUGGACAGUCUGCCGAGGGAAACUCUACCUGACGUUGUUGCCUCGAUGAUCCGCACCUCAAACAAGGAGAAACUCCAGGUCCUGGAUGCACUGAGUUUGGAGGAGCGCUUUAAGAAGGCCCUGCCCAUGCUGACCAGGCAGAUAGAGGGGCUAAAACUGCUGCAGAAAACCAGGAAGAUGAGUCCCGAUAACGAGAAGAGGGUGUUAGUGCGUAAGGGUACAGUGUUCCCGGGUCGGCAGUUCAAUCUAGAUGAGGAGGAUGAAGAUGAUGAUGGAGAUGACACAGCGGCCUUGGAGAGGAAGGUCCACAGAGCCAACAUGCCUGAAGCUGCCCUCAAAAUUUGCCUGAAAGAACUCAAAAGAUUGAAGAAGAUGCUUCAGUCAAUGCCUGAGUACGCCAUCACUAGAAACUACUUGGACCUGAUGGUGGAGUUGCCAUGGAGCAAAAGCACCAAAGACUGCCUGGACAUCCGAGCUGCACGUACUCUGUUGGACAAUGAUCACUACGCCAUGGACAAGCUGAAGAGACGUGUCCUGGAGUACCUAGCUGUCAGACAGCUGAAGACGUCACUCAAGGGCCCCAUCCUGUGUUUUGUGGGUCCUCCUGGAGUCGGUAAGACCAGUGUAGGACGCUCCAUUGCCCGGACUCUGGGCAGAGAGUUUCACCGCAUUGCUUUGGGAGGUGUCUGUGAUCAGUCUGACAUCCGAGGACACAGGCGUACGUAUGUAGGGAGCAUGCCCGGCCGGAUUAUAAACGGUUUGAAGAUGGUGGGCGUCAAUAAUCCCGUCUUCCUCCUGGAUGAGGUGGACAAGUUGGGGAAGAGCCUGCAAGGAGACCCUGCUGCUGCUCUGCUGGAGGUCCUGGACCCAGAGCAGAACCACAGCUUCACAGACCAUUACCUGAAUGUGGCCUUUGACCUCUCCCAAGUGCUCUUCAUCGCCACUGCAAACACCACAGCAACCAUUCCCCCGGCCCUGCUGGACAGGAUGGAGGUGCUGCAGGUACCAGGCUACACCCAGGAGGAGAAGGUGGAGAUUGCUCACCGUCACCUGAUUCCAAACCAACUGGAGCAGCACGGGUUAACGCCUCAACAACUGCAUAUACCUCAGAGCACCACACAGGACAUAAUCAGCAGAUACACUCGAGAAGCCGGUGUGCGCUCACUAGAGAGGAAGAUCGGGGCGAUCUGCCGAGCCGUAGCUGUCAAGGUUGCUGAGGGUCACACGCUCACCAAGACAGAGACAAUAACCCCUGAGAACUCAAAACAGGAGGGAGACAAGGCAGCACCUCCAGAGUUGCCCAUAGUGAUUGACCAUAUUGCACUGAAAGACAUCCUGGGACCUCCAGCGUUCGAAAUGGAGGUCUCUGAGCGGCUCACCCUGCCCGGUGUUGCCCUUGGUCUGGCCUGGACGCCGCUUGGUGGGGAGAUCAUGUUUGUGGAGGCCAGUCGGAUGGAGGGAGAAGGUCAGCUCACUCUGACGGGUCAGCUGGGAGACGUUAUGAAAGAAUCUGCCCACUUGGCUAUCAGCUGGCUCAGAGCGAACGCUAAAACCUACCAGCUCACCAACAUGGUGGGGGGUCCAGAUCCUUUAGAGGGGACAGACAUCCACCUCCAUUUCCCUGCUGGAGCUGUCACCAAAGAUGGCCCCUCUGCUGGCGUUACAAUCGUCACCUGCUUAGCUUCGCUGUUCAGCGGCCGAUUGGUCAGAUCAGAUGUCGCCAUGACAGGGGAGAUCACAUUAAGAGGGCUCGUGCUGCCAGUGGGCGGGAUCAAGGACAAGGUGCUGGCUGCCCACAGGGCAGGAGUGAAGUGCGUCAUCCUCCCAAAACGCAACGAGAAGGACCUGGAGGAACUUCCCGCCAAUGUCAGGGCCAACCUCGACUUUGUCACAGCCGCAAACCUGGAUGAAGUGCUCAACGCCUCCUUUGAUGGAGGGUUUCCAGGAAUAAGCCGCGCGCACACACACCCUCAGCUCGCCAGCAAACUGUAACACACUAAUGAAAUUACACCGUAACAAUGUGGAGCUCAGAAAGCGUCCCAAGAAUGUGUCGUCUUUGAUCUUAAACAGCUCGGAGCUUGUUGAGAGCGCAGUGGCCAACAAAAUGGAAACGUUGUUGUUGGUCUUUUUGCAGAUGACAUUUUUAGUAUUAAGAAGCUAACUUAAAGGUGAGAUGUAGGAGAAUUCAGUUUACAGAUUGCAUAAUUCCUCAGUGUAAUAUAAUCUUUUAGUAGCCUCUCUGCUAAUGUUACUGUGUAGCCAGAACAGAGCUCACUUCACCUUACUGGCUGCUUAUUUCUCCUAUAUUUACCUUGUGUUAGAAGCCCUGCUAAGUUCUGGAAGCGGGUGUUGGAACAAACUGGUGAGCAACGCGCGCCUUAAAGGUUUAGAUGAGUUGAAUGUGUUUGCCAAAAAGGCCCAAAAGUAAAAGUAAAAUGUUAAAAUAAUUUGUGUGCGUGGUUAUGGGUGCUGCUGAGAGAGAGAAUUUUUUUUUUUUUUGAUUUUCUUCAAUCACAUAUUUCAGUAUAGUUUUUUUUUUGUUUGUUUGUUUUUUUGGAUUUUUCAUUAUUUGUGGAAAUGUUAUGACAGCUAUAGUUUAAUAAAUGAUCCCAUUAUUAAAAUUGAAUAAUAAAUAUAAAGAAUUGUUAUUUUAUUUCCUCCAAUCAGUUGAUAAAAUAAAUCUAAAGUGAUUUCAUGUUACCAUUUAUCUUUCAUUUGCUAAUUAUUUAACUUUCAUUCUUCUUGCUCUCGGCACAUGUAAUCAUUUAUUUUUGCAGAGGUCAGUGAGGACGCGAGUCGUACAGCUGAACGCGUCUAAAAGUGUAGAUUUGAAGUCAGCUUUAGUUUUCUGGCUUAAAUGCUUGGGUUUGAUGCAGUCACGUGACAGCAGUACAAAGUACAAUAUUCAGAUGAUUAACUGUUGUAGUUUUAUAAGAAAUAUCAACUUUAGCUUGAUGAGAAGGCUGAUAUGAAGUGUGGUUAGCCAAACAGCACUUUUGCAGAACUUGAGUAGAAACAAUACUUUUUUGUGGCAAACUUAACUCUCUGAGAUUCAACAGUGAUUUCAGACUAAACCAGGACCACGUGUGUCCAGUUGAGUUGAAACUUUUGAAAAUGAAGGCUGAAUUAAAGAUG